GGCAGAAUACGGAACAGCGACACAACCGCUGGACAGACAGCUAGCAUACACACGCAUGUUGUUAGCUGUUAGCGACUUCAACCUGUCACUCUUCGUAUAAGACUAUGACUGCGUUUGCUCCAAAACAACUGCGCCACUGUGCGAGACUAUUCCGCCUGUAAGUAAACUAACGACACAUACCGCACGCCCCCUCCCUCCUUCACUUUCUCGCCUCCGGUGUCGGGUAUCUCAAUGGCGGACCCGACGGAACCAGCCCCGGCGAGCGUGGAGGAUGAGCAGACUGACCGCAUCAACGACGCAGAGCUGGCACUGGAAGGAAUCAACAUGCUCCUCAACAAUGGCUUCAAGGAGAGCGACGAGCUCUUCAGGGCGCACAGGAACCACAGUCCUUUGAUGAGUUUCGGAGCCAGUUUUGUUAGUUUUCUGAACGCCAUGAUGACGUUUGAAGAGGAGAAAAUGCAGAUGGCCUUUGAGGACCUGAAAGCUACAGAGAGACUGUGUGAGAGUGAAAACACUGGUGUCAUUGAAACCAUUAAAAACAAGAUCAAAAGGAGCAUGGACUCUCAGAGGUCGGGGGUGGCUGCAGUGGACCGGCUCCAGAGGCAGAUCAUCAUUGCAGACUGCCAGGUUUACCUUGCAGUGCUGUCUUUCAUCAAACAAGAGCUGUCAUCGUACAUCAAAGGAGGCUGGAUCCUCCGUAAAGCCUGGAAGAUGUACAACAAAUGUUACAGCGACAUCACACACCUGCAGGAGGGCAGCAGAAGACGAGCGUCUGAACAGCAAGCAAUGCCGCCUCCGUCCCUGUCGUCCUCCUCCGACCUGUCCCACCACAGCCGCUCCUCCUCGCCCGGGCCGAGCCCGUCCCAGAGACUGGGCGGCGUCAGCCUGGAGGCUCUGGAUCGGCUCAAAGGUUCGGUCAGCUUCGGUUACGGCCUCUUCCACCUCUGCAUCUCGAUGGUGCCGCCGCACCUACUGAAGAUCGUCAACCUGCUGGGCUUCCCCGGAGACCGCCUUCAAGGCCUGUCAGCGCUCACGUACGCCAGCGAGAGUAAGGACAUGAAGGCCCCCUUAGCUACUUUGGCCCUCUUGUGGUACCACACAGUAGUGCAGCCCUUCUUUGCUCUGGACGGCACAGACACACAGGCUGGCCUGCUGGAAGCCAAAUCCAUUCUUCAACAAAGGGAGGCUAUCUAUCCCAACUCCUCCCUCUUCAUGUUUUUCAAAGGCAGAGUUCAGCGCCUUGAGUGCCAGAUCAGUAGUGCCCUGACGUCCUUCCGCGAUGCCUUAGAACUGGCCUCUGACCAGAGGGAGAUUCAGCACGUGUGUUUAUAUGAAAUAGGUUGGUGCAGCAUGAUCGAGCUGAACUACAGAGAAGCCUACAGAGCUUUUGAGCGGCUGAAGACUGAGUCUCGCUGGUCCCAGUGCUACUACGCCUAUUUAACUGGAGUAUGCCAAGGAGCCACAGGUGACCUGGAGGGAGCCGUCUCUGUGUUCAAGGAUGUUCAAAGACUUUUCAAACGCAAGAAUAAUCAGAUAGAGCUGUUCUCCAUGAAGAGGGCUGAGAAGCUAAGGAGCACCAGCCUAUCCAAAGAACUCUGCAUCCUGUCUGUGAUCGAGAUUCUUUAUCUCUGGAAAGCUCUGCCCAACUGCUCCGCUGCCAAGUUGCAGACAAUGACACAAGUCCUGCAAGGGGUCGACGAUGCCUCGUGUGCAGGCCUGAAAAACCUGCUUCUAGGUGCCAUCAACAAAUGUCUUCAUAAUACCAAAGAUGCCAUUCAGUAUUUCCAUCUGGCUGCGAGGGAUGAGGUGGGUCGUCUGAGCAACUCUUAUGUGCAGCCCUACUCCUGCUACGAACUGGGCUGUGUGCUGCUGAACGCCCCAGAGUCUGUAGGGAAAGGCAGGAUGCUAAUGCUUCAGGCUAAGGAGGACUAUGCCGGCUAUGACUUUGAGAACAGGCUCCAUGUUCGUAUUCAUUCAGCUUUCGCCUCGAUGAGGGCUGAAGCCCAGCCUUGACAUUUUAUCCGCACGUCAGAAAGAACUGGAAAAGCAACAACCAUUUUAGGCGCUAAUGUUUGUUUUGUUCUUAAUUUAUUUAUUUUCAUUUUCCUAUUCUGAGCCAAUGCAUCAUUUUAAAAUGUGUGCAACAUACAUUGUAAAUGUUUUCUGGGAGGACAGAAACAAGAGGGGUUUUACUUUCACAAUAAAUUUUGGUUUUAUUGUUUACAUGGUUAAUUUCAAAACAAGAUGCCAGUUAAUUCAGAUGGAAAUAACAGCCAGGUCAAGUAGAGUAAUGGCACGUAUUAAUUGACAAAGCAAUUAAAAAGGCAGUUUCAGCCUUUGUCUUUGAGAAGCCAAUAUUCUUAACAUCUCUCCGUUGGUUGUUGACUUUUGACAUUCAUGCUGUAAAGGCUUCACUCAUCCAUUGGCAUGAGUACUAAAUGAUGUAUCUUUUCCAGCGUAGUCCCUUUUUUAAGCAGAAUUGUUUCUAGCAGUGUAAAUAUGUCUUGCACACAAGUUUUAAUAAAUGUGCCAACAUCAUGUUGUGCCACUGUUGAGUGGCUUAUGCGCACAAUACUACUACUGGCUGUAAACUGGUUCUCCUUUAUAUUUGUUUUAAGAUAAUAAAAUGAAUAUUGUGAAA